AUGUCGAACCAACAGAUUGUUCAGACUAAAGGCAUCUAUCAUGGCCUCCCUGUGUAUCCAUCCUCACUGAAAGGUCUCACGGCAAUAAUUACGGGUGCGAAUGGUAUAUCCGGUAACUACAUGCUACGUGUAUUAGCACAGGAUCCAGAGCGCUGGAAAAAGAUAUACUGUUUGUCGAGACGACCACCUACAAUGCCAGGUGGCCUACCAAAGAAUGCUGAACAUAUUGCUUUAGACUUUCUGAAAAGUCCAGUGGAGAUCGCAGACGUUUUGAGAGAGAAGAACGUCAAAGCGGAAUAUGUGUUCUUCUACAGCUAUGUGCAAGUCAAGCCGAAGGUUGGAGGAGGGCUGUGGAGUGAUGCCGAGGAAAUGUGCAGGGUAAAUGUUUCGCUUCUCCAGAACUUCUGUGAGGCUCUGCCUUUGUCAGAUAUCAAACCGAAGCGGAUCAUGUUGCAGACGGGAGCGAAGAAUUAUGGUGUCCAUCUUGGCCCCUCCGCCAUCCCGCAAGAAGAGUCCGCACCCCGUGUUGUACUAGAGCCGAACUUCUACUACCCCCAAGAAGACUUCCUCUGGUCCUUCUGCAACAAGCACACGAUCGAUUGGAAUGUCUGUAUGCCUGCCAGCAUCCUCGGUGCUGUUCCAGAGGCAGCUAUGAACCUUGUAUUUCCACUCGGUUGUUAUGCAAGCGUACAGAAACAUUUGGGUGAGAAGUUGGAGUUCCCAUGCGAUUUAAAGGCUUGGGAGACAAACAGAUGUAUGAGUAGUAGUAAGAUGAAUGGGUACAUGGAGGAAUGGGCAGUGCUAAACGACGGAGCAAAGAAUGAGAAGUUCAACACAAUGGACGGGACAACGUUCACAUGGGGUAACUUCUGGCCUAAGUUUGCGGCGUGGUAUGGUGUAGGGUACGAGCAACCCAGUAUGGACUCAAAUGUAUACACCAGUGUAGCGUCAAAGUACGAUCCACCUCCACGAGGCUUCGGGCCACCUGCAACUUACCGAUUUCGCUUCAGGUUGGUAGACUGGGCAAAGCAAGCAAAGGUGCAAAGAGCAUGGGAAGAGCUUAAUUCGAAAUACGACCUGACAGGUGGUAAACUGCAAGACAUGGACAUUGAUAGGAUAUUCGGGUUCACAGAUGGCGGCUUGAUGGGCUCCCCAUUAGACCUUACGAUGAACAAGGCGAGAAAGAUGGGUUGGCAUGGGUUUGUUGACUCAAAUGAUGCUAUCAAGGAAGUAUUGGGCGAGUUUGCGGAUUUGAAGAUGAUCCCACCUAUUGGUAAAUAG